GCCAGGCGCUGGGGAUGAAUGAAGGUGCUGGGUGCAGGUUGAAAAAGGCUCCUCUGCUUUUCCCUCUCUCCAAGCUCGGUUCUGCCUUUGUGCGGUGUCCCCAUCCUGUCCCCAUCUUGUCGACGACCCGGUUGGUCCCAGCGUCUAAGUUCUUGGUGCCCGAAUCGACUCGGGCACAGCUAGGGUUUUGGGGAUCCGGAUUAUCGCUAGGCCCAACUUCGGACGGCGCUCUAGAUUUCUGCCGCGUCCCGCCGCUAGGACGCGGAAUUCGUGUGGGGUCCCCUGAGACUGGAGGGUAGAUCUUAAGGAUCAACAGUGAUAAUGACUGAGUGCACAAGCCUUCAGUUUGUCAGCCCUUUUGCUUUUGAGGCAAUGCAGAAAGUGGAUGUCGUUCGCCUGGCAUCUCUGAGUGAUACAGAAUUAAGACUUCUCCUGCCCUGCUUGGUUCGGAUGGCACUUUGUGCUCCUGCUGACCAGAGCCAAAGCUGGGCUCAGGAUAAGAAACUUAUCCUUCGCCUUCUCUCUGGAGUGGAAGCUGUCAACUCCAUUGUUGCAUUGUUGUCUGUGGACUUUCAUGCUUUAGAACAAGAUGCCAGCAAAGAACAGCAGCUUAGGCAUAAACUUGGAGGAGGCAGUGGAGAGAGUAUCCUGGUAUCACAACUUCAACAUGGAUUAACAUUAGAAUUUGAACACAGUGAUUCACCUCGUCGAUUGCGUCUUGUGCUUAGUGAACUGUUGGCCAUUAUGAACAAGGUAUCUGAAUCCAAUGGAGAAUUUUUUUUCAAGUCUUCUGAGCUUUUUGAGAGUCCAGUCUAUUUGGAGGAAGCUGCAGAUGUACUUUGUAUUUUACAAGCAGAGCUCCCUUCCUUGCUUCCUAUAGUUGAUGUAGCUGAAGCCUUGCUACAUGUUAGAAAUGGUGCCUGGUUCUUGUGUCUCUUGGUGGCCAAUGUUCCUGAUAGUUUUAAUGAAGUUUGUAGAGGCCUCAUCAAAAAUGGAGAACGACAAGAUGAAGAAAGUCUUGGAGGAAGGCGCAGAACAGAUGCCUUACGGUUCUUAUGUAAAAUGAAUCCUUCUCAGGCCCUGAAGGUCCGAGGCAUGGUGGUGGAAGAAUGUCACUUGCCAGGCCUUGGAGUGGCUUUAACAUUGGAUCACACUAAAAACGAAGCUUGUGAAGAUGGAGUGAGUGACUUGGUUUGUUUUGUUAGUGGUUUGCUUCUUGGAACCAAUGCAAAAGUCCGGACGUGGUUUGGAACUUUUAUCCGAAAUGGACAGCAGAGAAAAAGAGAGACCAGCAGUUCUGUACUUUGGCAAAUGAGAAGGCAGCUUCUUCUGGAGUUGAUGGGCAUUCUUCCCACAGUAAGAAGUACCCGCAUUGUGGAAGAAGCUGAUGUGGAGAUGGAGCCCAAUGUGUCUGUGUAUUCGGGGCUGAAAGAAGAGCAUGUUGUGAAAGCCAGUGCACUCUUACGUCUGUACUGUGCUUUGAUGGGGAUCGCUGGACUCAAACCAACUGAAGAAGAAGCUGAGCAGUUGCUGCAGUUGAUGACCAGCCGACCUCCUGCUACACCAGCUGGGGUUCGAUUUGUUUCCCUUUCCUUUUGUAUGCUAUUGGCCUUUUCAACACUUGUCAGUACACCUGAACAAGAACAGCUAAUGGUGGUGUGGCUAAGUUGGAUGAUAAAAGAAGAAGCUUACUUUGAGAGUACUUCAGGUGUCUCUGCUUCUUUUGGUGAGAUGUUAUUAUUGGUGGCUAUGUACUUUCACAGCAACCAGCUUAGUGCUAUCAUUGACUUAGUCUGUUCCACUUUGGGAAUGAAGAUUGUAAUAAAGCCAAGCUCCUUGAGCAGAAUGAAGACCAUCUUCACACAGGAAAUUUUUACUGAGCAGGUUGUCACAGCUCAUGCGGUUCGGGUGCCUGUCACCAGCAACCUGAGUGCCAACAUUACUGGGUUUUUGCCUAUUCAUUGUAUUUACCAGCUUCUCAGGAGUCGUUCCUUUACCAAGCACAAAGUGUCAAUAAAAGACUGGAUUUACAGACAGCUGUGUGAAACCUCCACUCCACUUCAUCCUCAAUUACUUCCUCUGAUUGAUGUGUACAUAAAUUCUAUACUUACUCCGGCAUCUAAAUCUAAUCCAGAAGCCACAAAUCAGCCAGUUACAGAGCAGGAGAUACUCAAUAUUUUUCAAGAAGUUAUUGGGGGUGAUAACAUGCGCCUUAAUCAGCGUUUCAGUAUCACAGCGCAGCUUUUGGUGCUUUACUACAUACUGUCUUAUGAAGAAGCUCUCCUAGCAAACACGAAGACUUUAGCUGCCAUGCAAAGAAAACCCAAAUCGUAUUCUUCUUCUUUAAUGGAUCAGAUUCCUAUCAAGUUCCUCAUUCGGCAGGCUCAAGGGUUGCAGCAGGAGUUGGGAGGGUUGCAUUCAGCUUUACUACGUCUCCUUGCAACUAACUACCCACAUUUAUGUAUUGUGGAUGAUUGGAUUUGUGAAGAAGAAAUCACAGGGACAGAUGCUCUGUUACGGCGAAUGCUUCUGACCAAUAAUGCCAAAAACCACUCUCCUAAACAACUACAAGAAGCAUUUUCAGCUGUCCCAGUAAGUCACACACAAGUGAUGCAGAUUAUAGAACACUUGACUCUGCUCUCUGCCAGUGAACUUAUACCAUAUGCAGAAGUAUUAACUUCCAAUAUGAACCAGCUGUUGAAUUCAGGGGUUCCACGGAGAAUUCUUCAAACAGUCAAUAAAUUGUGGAUGGUUCUUAAUACUGUGAUGCCUAGAAGGCUGUGGGUAAUGACAGUUAAUGCACUUCAGCCUUCCAUAAAGUUUGUACGACAACAAAAGUAUACUCAGAAUGACCUGAUGAUAGAUCCUCUCAUUGUCCUAAGGUGUGAUCAGAGGGUUCACAGAUGCCCCCCACUAAUGGAUAUUACCCUACACAUGUUGAAUGGAUAUCUUCUUGCAUCUAAAGCUUACCUUAGUGCUCAUCUGAAGGAAACAGCAGAGCAAGAUAGACCUUCUCAAAAUAAUACAAUAGGUUUAGUUGGACAAACUGAUGCCCCAGAAGUUACCAGAGAAGAACUGAAAAAUGCAUUACUGGCUGCUCAGGAUAGUGCAGCUGUCCAGAUUCUUUUAGAGAUUUGUUUACCCACGGAAGAGGAAAAAGCAAAAGGUGUCAAUCCAGACAGUUUGCUUAGGAAUGUUCAAAGUGUCAUUACCACCAGCACUCCAAAUAAGGAAAUGGAGGAAGGAGAAGAUAAUUUGCUCUGUAACCUUCGAGAAGUUCAGUGCCUUAUCUGUUGUCUGUUGCACCAAAUGUACAUUGCAGAUCCCAACAUUGCUAAGCUUGUUCAUUUUCAGGGUUAUCCAUGUGAACUUUUGCCUCUGACAGUCGCAGGUAUUCCAUCUAUGCACAUCUGUCUGGAUUUCAUACCUGAGCUUAUUGCACAGCCAGAACUUGAAAAACAGAUAUUUGCUAUCCAGUUGCUUUCCCACUUGUGUAUCCAGUAUGCAUUACCAAAGUCACUUAGUGUGGCGCGCUUAGCUGUCAAUGUCAUGGGAACUUUGCUGACAGUUUUAACACAGGCUAAGAGGUAUGCUUUUUUCAUGCCAACUCUUCCAAGUUUAGUGUCUUUUUGUCGAGCAUUUCCUCCAUUGUAUGAGGAUAUUAUGUCUUUGCUGAUUCAAAUAGGACAAGUUUGUGCCUCUGAUGUUGCCACUCAGACAAGAGACAUUGACCCAAUCAUUACACGUCUUCAACAAAUAAAGGAAAAACCAAGUGGAUGGUCUCGAAUCUGUAAAGAUCCAUCUUAUAAAAAUGGAUCCAGGGACACUGGAAGCAUGGAUCCUGAUGUACAGCUCUGUCAUUGUAUUGAAAGUACAAUAAUUGAAAUAAUAAACAUGAGUGUUAGUGGAAUUUAAAAAAAAAAUUAAAACAAAAAAUGAAGCUGCUCACUACAUAUACCCAUCACGAAUCU